UCAUUUGUACGACAUCGUCACGACAUGGUAAGAAAUUACUAGUGAUUAGUAAGUUGAUAUAUUCUUUCCAUGCAUUUAUAUUAACUCUAUUGUCCUUUCAAUUGCGUAGUGAGAUUCCAUCACCGGCCAAGAGCCUGGACUAGUAGACCUCUACAAAGGGACUCACUGUUGGCUGGCGAUGGGAUCUUGGGUUCAUCCUAGAGCCAACGAGAAUUGGGAGAUGAUGGACACCAUACGCAGUCAGCCCACUCCCGAUGGUAGUCAGCGGAGUGAGCCAAAUAUCCUGAGUGAGGUGCUUGGCACCCGUCUUGGAUAUGUGCGUGGGCUUGGCCAUGGUGCCAAGCUCAUGACACCAGCUAAAGCUGCCUCUAGCCAAUCCGUAGCUGGGGAGAGCGCCCUACACCGAGUUGAUAUCGCAGAGAGAGAGAGAGAGAGGUUCAAUAGUUACGAGUCAUCGUCGAUGAGAUCAAAGAGCAGCUGGAGAGGUAGAGGGAGGAGGAGCAGAGGCGUAGGGAGGAGGAGGAGAGGUGACGGGAGGAUCGAGGAGAUGUGGGUGGAGCAUGAGCGACGGAUGCAAGAGAUGUUUCAGGCUCUUGCUGCACGCUUUGCCACCGAUGCCCCACCACCUCCGCCUUCAUCUUUGUGAUUUUUAUUUUUUAUUUUUUUAUGAUUUAUUUUAUAUAUGAAUGUUAAACUUAUAUGUAUUUGUGUGUGGAUAAAUAUUAUGAGUUGUAUGUGGAAGUGGAUAGGAUUUUAUUAUUAUUAUUUAUGAUUUAUUUUAUAUACGAAUGUUAAACUUAUAUGUAUUUGUGCGUGGAUGAAUGUGGGUUAUAUGUGGAUGUCGAUAGAAUUAUUUGUGUAUGGAUGGAUGUGGUUUGUGUUUGGAUAGAUGUAGUUUGUGUUUGGAUGAAUUUCGAUGUGAAUAUGAUGAAAAUGUAUUGUAACAGGUGUAUAUCA